AUGCCUUACGAACGAUUAGUUCAAGUUGGCCGUGUGGCUUAUAUUGCCUAUGGUCCUGAAAAAGGCAAAACAUGUUGUAUUACAAAUAUUAUCGAUCAGACACGUGUUCUUGUUGAUGGUCCAUCAUCCCAUUUACGUCGUCAAGCAUUGAAUAUUAAAUCAUUACAUUUAACUAAAUAUGUUCUCAAGCUUUUACCUGGAGCUCGUACAAAAACAGUUAAAGCACUUUGGGAUAAACAUGAUAUCAACAAGAAAUGGCAAGAAUCACGUUGGUACAAAAAAUUACAUGCAAAACAUUUACGUGCCACCAUGACCGAUUUUGAUCGUUUUAAAUUAGUACAUGCUAAACAAGCCUACAAUCGUAUUGUUAAUCAUGAAUACAAUCGUUUGAAAAAGAAAAGUAAAACUGCAUUAGCUAAGAAAACACAAAAAGCUAAACCAAGAAAAUUUGUUGCUAAAUCACAACGUAUUGCAAACAAAUUCAAAAUCUUUGCUGCUGCACCAGCCGCUGCAAAAAAGAAAUAA